AUGUACUGUCUACGAAACCCAUCCGCACGGCGACAGCUCCUCCGGCUCGCGACGCGACGCACCCGACCGCAAACCACCUCUCUCGUACCAGCAGCGCGAUGCAAAUCCGACACGCCGCCGCCGCUGCCGACCGACGAAGAAGCACUCAUAUACCCCACGCCAUCGUCGUCGCGACACACCGACCUCGCCUCGUUCCAAGCGUACGCGCGGCGCACCGGCCUCGACGAGGCGUCUACGGUCUACGUGGGCACGCGGUACGAGUACCUCGUCGCCGGCCACCUCGUGCGGUACGGCUUCCGGCUGCGGCGCGUCGGCGGCGCGCGCGACCGGGGCACCGACCUGGUCGGGACCUGGACCCUCCCGAUGCCUGGUGCUGUCAUUUCUUCUUCGCCGCUAAAGGUCCUGGUGCAGUGCAAGGCCGGGCAGCGCGUCGGCCCGCAGCACGUGCGCGAGCUCGAGGGCGCGCUGGCGGGGGCGCCGCCGGGAUGGGCGAGCGGCCGGCGACAAAGGGCGUGCGGGAGGCGCUGGGGCACAGCCGCUGGCCGAUGGCCUCGGGGCCCUAACCCCAAGAAGCUUAACAUCAUCCUCGAGGAGCUCAAUGUCCCCUACAAGCUGAUCGACAUUGAGAACCCUAAGGAUGAAGAGUUCCGCAAGAUCAACCCCAAUGGCCGUCUCCCCGCCAUUGUCGACCCUAACAACAACAACCUCACCUUGUGGGAGUCGGGUGCUAUUGCUGAGUAUCUCGUCGAGACCUACGACAAGGAAAACAAGCUCAACGCCACUGAUGCCGCUGACAAGUGGCACCUGAAGCAAUUCCUUCACUUCCAGAUGUCUGGUCAGGGCCCUUACUAUGGCCAGGGCGUCUGGUUCCAUAAGUUCCACGGCGAGGACGUGCCCUCAGCCAAGAAGCGCUACCUCGAGCAGAUUGAUCGCGUCUGGAGCGUCCUGGACGACCUCGUCAAGGGCAAGGAAUACCUCCUCGGCAGCAAGCUGACCUACGUCGACCUCUGCUUCGUCCCUUGGGAGUUUGUCGCGCACAGCUUCCUCGGCGAGGACUUCAAGGCCGCCGGCAUCGACGCCGAGAAGAAGUACCCCAACUACUGGGCCUGGUACCAACGCCUGCUGGCCCGUCCCUCCGUCAAGAAGACCUAUGGCCUAUAA